CUGUUACCGCGCAUGUUCACAGGCGGCUCCAGCGUACUCAGUCUCUCAGUGCUUGGACGUCGCUUCUGGCGGGAAAUUGCUUCCCAUUGGGCUUUGCCGCUAAGAUCCUGUGGCGACCCAGGCUCACGUUACAAGACAAGGUGGUUUUUUUCUCAGCAGAAGCGCCAGUGUUUUUCAAAGCGAGAUACUGGCAUGAGCAGCAUCAAAAAUACCAGGAUCUGAGGUAAAAAUAUGUAUUCGGUCCAAUCGCAUCUCUAUAAAGAAUUUGUUUGGGGUGAGGCUGGUGAGCUUGACACGUACCAAGACGACCGUGACGCCCGCGUGCCCCUCCCCCUCCGGCCAGCUGGCGUCAGAGCCCGUCUGAGCCGCUCGCCAGACCCCGCCCCAGCCCCGCUGCUCCUCCCCUUCCCCCUCCCCGCGCCUCCCUUCGCAAUCUUGGCGGGAAGACGCCAGCCGCUAAGCGGCCGAGAAGAUGUCGGGGUCGCGCGCGGCCAGCGAGGAGAAGGUGGGCUCCAGGCAGCGACACCAGAUGAAGGUGAAUGAGUGUAAAGAAAACCAAAACAUCACUUGUGUAUCUCUGAGACCAGUACAGACUACAGUUUUAGGAAAAACACCCAAGGUGUAUCUUGUUCCCUUUUCACUCAGUAAUUACAAGCCAGACCAGCAUAAGUACCCCAAAUACCUAUUGGAUAAGAAGUCUAACAAUGAAGUUGCAUGUAAGAAAUUUAAGAAGACUGAAAUAAGGAAAACUUGCAGAAGGAUUUUAACUCCAAGGAUGGAAGGCACAUCUUCCAAGGCAGAAUCCACUUUGCAAAAAUCAUCCUUAGAUGUUUAUACUGAAAGUGACAAGCAACAACACAAGAGCACUUCGGAUACAGUGAUUCUCAGUGUUGAUAUGGAAAGCAGUCAGGAUCUAGACAGUGAUGAAGAUACCACACCAGGCCUGGAUGAAUUUUCAGGAUUAUCACCGUAUGAAAGGAAGAGACUGAAGAACAUAUCAGAAAAUGCAAACUUUUUUGCUUCUCUUCAGUUGUCUGAGUCAGCUGCAAGGCUCCGUGAAAUGAUAAAGAAGAGGCAGCCUCCUGAAUCCAAAAGAAAAAAGCCCAAAAAGAGAGAAAAUGGGACUGGAUGUAGAAGAUCAAUGAGAUUACUAAAAGUAGAGCCUUCAGGAGUGUCAUUACCAGCAACCCCAACCCAGCCGACGGUAAUAGCGGAUGAAAAUCCUUUGUUGCCUCCUGGACCUUUAGAAAUGACUCCUGAAAAUCGAGAAGAUGACAGUGAACUAUUUAAAAGAUUUCUACAGAGUUGGGCAGAAGUGAGCAAGACAAGUAAUAAGAACACUGAGAAGGAGUUGCCUAACAUUAAAAGCUAUAAAGCCAAUUUAAGUGGCAUGGUCAUUAAUGAAGAUACUGUUCAUAAAGUUACCAAAGGCGCAAUAUUUUCUGUGGCUCUCCACCCCUCAGAAAUUAGAACUUUGGUGGCAGCUGGGGCCAAAUCUGGGCAAGUUGGACUUUGGGAUUUGACUCACCAGUCUAAAGAAGAUGGAAUUUAUGUUUUCCAGCCCCACAGUCAGCCAGUUAGCUGUCUUUACUUCUCACCCGCCAAUCCGGCUCACAUACUGUCCCUGAGCUAUGAUGGUACAUUACGCUGUGGGGAUUUUUUGAGGGCUAUUUUUGAAGAGGUAUAUAGAGAUGAAAGAAAUAGCUUUUCCUCUUUUGACUUCUUGGGAGAAGAUGCCUCCACUUUAAUAAUAGGACACUGGAAUGGAAAUAUAUCACUGGUAGAUAGACGGACACCUGGAACUUCUUAUGAGAAACUUAUCAAUUCUUCUUUGAGCAAAAUAAGAACUGUUCAUGUCCACCCAGUGCAUAGACAGUAUUUUAUCACUGCAGGAUUGAGGGAUGUUCAUGUUUAUGAUACAAGACACCUGAAUCCCAGGAGAAGCCAGCCUUUGAUUUCUUUGACUGAACACACAAAGAGCAUCGCUUCUGCCUAUUUUUCACCUCUUACUGGUAACAGAGUAGUGACCACAUGUGCUGAUUGUAAGCUGAGAAUCUUUGACAGCAGCUGUGUAUCCUCUGAGAUUCCUCUUCUCACUACCAUCAGGCACAACACUAUCACUGGGCGAUGGCUGACCCGGUUCCAGGCUGUGUGGGACCCUAAACAAGAAGACUGUGUCAUAGUUGGCAGCAUGGCUCAUCCACGACGGGUAGAAAUCUUCCAUGAGACAGGAAAACAUGUGCAUUCUUUUUUUGGUGGAGAAUGCCUUGUCUCUGUGUGUUCCAUCAACACUAUGCACCCGACUCGGUAUAUUUUGGCUGGAGGUAAUUCCAGUGGGAAGAUACAUGUUUUUAUGAAUUAAGAAAGUUGCUGAGUGUUUGGUUUAGCAACAUCAAUUUGUUCAAAUUAAUCAGUGUCUAGGGAGCUUAGUAAUUCAUGUGGCUUGGCCUGUUUUUAAUGUGUUCUAUUUAGUGAACAUAAAAUUGCUUUAUUAAUAACUGAGCAGAACGUAUACAGUUACAUACUUACACAUUUAGUAAGGGAGAAGCCUUUUAAGUUGUUUCUGUAGGUUGGGGAAGGAAUUUGAGGGGAGGCUGUGAUGCCUUCAGCGCUUUUAAUCAGGCAGUAUGUUGAGAAAUUCUAGCAUUAUAAAUUACAAAGCUUUGAUCAGUAUUAAAGGUUUUUUUGGUUUAA